AUGGUUAUUGGUACUUUGAUUGUUAGACCCAAGUCUGCUUAACUUACAAAAGAUGUCGCAUUCUUAGUUGAAAUGGAUCCCGAAAUUCAUGUUACGAUAGGAAGCUAAAAGUUUAAAUCUUCAGUUGCUCAAGGCUCAGGCAAAAAUCCUGUAUGGCCUGAUUAAUUCAAUUUCAGAGUUAUGAAUGACACUUUACUCACCUUCACCAUCUAUGAUCACGACGAUUGGUCUAAGAGCGAAUUUGUUGCUGAAGGAUCUUGUUCAAUUGUAAAUGCAUUCUAAGGAGGUAAAAAAACUGAGUUUGCGGCUUGCAUGAGAAAAGGUAAAAAUGCUGGCCAAGUUGUUUUUGAAUUUGAAUUUAUUCCAGAUGCUGUUUCUGUUUAAUAAGUUUACUAAGUUCAACCAGCUUUAAAUGUUCAAUAAGGUUUUCCUUAAUAAAUCUCAUAAACCACCUAAUAAAAUAACUUUCCCUAAAACUCUUAUCCUAUUCAAUACCAACCUUAGUAAUUUCCUCCCUAAUAAUAUCCUGGUUAGAUACCUAUGCAAUAAUAUCCUCCUUAGUAAUACCCAGCAUAAGGGUAUCCUCCCAGUGGUUAAGCAUACCCAGGGGCUUAUUGA